AUGGCCGCCGCCGCCAGCGUUUACCCCUCCCUCGAAAACCGCCCUCUGAAGGGGACCAUCUGCCUUUUCGAUGUCGACAAAACAUUGUCACCAGCUCGCGGGAGCGCUUCGCCGGAAAUGCUAGAGUUACUUUCGCGACUUCGCCAUAAAUGCGCAAUUGGAUACGUCGGUGGCUCCGAUUUCUCCAAGCAGCAAGAGCAGCUCGGCUCUGCAACGGUCUCCGUUACCUCUCUGUUCGACUUCUGUUUCGCGGAAAACGGUCUCAAUGCAUUUCGACUGGGCGCACCCCUCGCAAGCACUAGCUUCAUACAAUGGCUCGGAGAGGAUAAAUAUCAGAAUAUAGUCAAUUUCGUGUUGAGGUAUCUGUCGGAGAUUAGGCUGCCUAAGAAGAGGGGAACCUUUAUUGAGUUUCGCACUGGGAUGAUUAAUAUCAGUCCCAUUGGAAGGAAUGCGACAGCAGAUGAAAGGAAUGAAUUUGAAGAAUACGACAAGAUCCACAACAUCAGAAAGGCUCUCGUAGAGACACUCCAGAAAGAAUUCCCCGACUACGGCCUCACCUACUCGAUUGGCGGACAGAUCUCCUUCGACGUCUUCCCCACUGGAUGGGACAAAACUUACUGCCUGCGCCACGUCGAGGCAGAGAAAGAGAUCACCGGAGUCGAAUACAAGGAUAUUCACUUCUUUGGCGACAAAUGCUUCCCCGGCGGGAAUGACUAUGAAAUCUAUAGUGACGAGCGGACGGUUGGCCACUCCGUCACAGACCCCGAUGACACCAUGAAGCAGCUGAAAGAGCUGUUCCAGCUAUGA